CAUCUGUAGCUCCAUGAGGCAAGAGAGCGCUUCCUUUGUUAUGACCAGGAGUAGAGGGGAUACAUUCUUGAGGGUGGUUGCAGCUUUUGCUGUCAAGCGGUUUGCCGAGAAAAAGAUUGAUCACUGCUAUUAUUUCACCACUUGGUACCUAAAAAUAUCUUCCUUUGCUAAUUAUUUUCAAACCUUGUAGUAACUAGCAAUAUUUAUUAAAAAUACUCUCAUUCAAAGCCGAUUAAGAAAAAUCCACUCUAGAUAUUAGAUUAUGAUGUAGGAAAUAAAACGUGCACAUCCGUACAUCGGGAAAUAGGGAUUCCAUGUGAACAGGACCUUUCAACGAACCUAUGGCAGUCUCUGCUGCACACGAGCCCGCUUUCGUUACUUAAAGCAAACGUGGUGCAGUUUAAGGCCUAGUGGAAGAUCACUAGCGAAAUUAUUCUUUAAAUGACAAAUCGAAUGUAUCCUCAUUUACUCAAUAAAUGUUCGUACCCGGAUUAAAUGUGAGGAAACUAUUUAAAAAAAACUGAUCUAGAACACUUACACUAUGAGUCUUCAUACACUGUCCAGUGUCGGAUGCCGUCAUGGAGAUAAAAAUAAAGCACUUCAAAGACUCGUAAGAAACGUUUUCUGACAUGAAACCACAGCUCACAUUUUUGUAGACAGAUCUCAACUUCUUGCUUUAAGGGAAUGGCACUCAGACAGUAGAAGAAAGUUCUCAAUGGUUAGAAUGUAUGUUCGUCUUGUCAGAACUUUUAAGAUUAAUGACCUGCCUUCAUAAAUGCCCUGUUUGCCAUAUUGUGUAUGUGCUCUUUACAAUCACCCUGGGUGCUAAAUUACAACACGGUGUCGAAAAACAGCAAGCGAACCCCCGUUGUUUGGAAUGAAGAACCACACACAGCCUCCCACACGAUACUGUGUUUAGAGACACAUGGUCACCGAAAGCCUUUUUAAUUGGAAAGAUUAGCCUACCUCCUUACCAGCGGUAAGAAAAAUUCAAUAUCCAGUGUUUUAGAUCAAUUUGAGAAAAUAAUGCAUGCCUUUUUCACCAGGCCAAGAAUUACCAUUGGCCAAUUUUGAUCAUGUGACGAGGAAUUGGAUGCAAUUUCGCCCUAGUCUUCAGUUUACAAGACCAAGGUCCCCAUACGCCAGUAAUAUCACUAUUAUACACAAUUAUUAAAGCCUGCAAAUACACAGUAGCGGGCGUUUUAUCUUUUUUAUAUAUUGUUUUGAUACCACACUUGCUUUCUGGUCAGGAGAAGCGAUGAAUUUUGAAUUUGAGAGGGAGAUUGGGUUUAUAAACAGUCAGCCUUCCCUCGCAGAGUGCCUGACGUCUUUUCCCGCUGUCCUGGAGUCAUUUCAAACUUCAUCAAUCAAGGACUCGACAUUAAUUCCUCCUCCUUUUGAGCACACCAUCCCCAGCCUGAAUCCCUGUUCUAGCAGCCAGGCGCGACCGAGAAGCCAAAAACGAGUUUCAAAUGGCCUCCUGCUCCGGACGGCGGCACAGCAGGGCCCAGCUCCGGCGGCGAACAACGGCCCGCCGGCACCCGAGUUCCCAUGGAUGAAAGAGAAGAAAUCCUCAAAGAAGAGCCAGCAACCGGCAAAUGUAACCAUCGUCUCCUCCCCCACCUCUGCUUCCUCCAGCUUAGCAGUUUCGGGACUGGAGUCUCCGACAGAGGCACAGAAUGGUUUGGACAAUGGAGGCAGCUCUCGACGACUUAGGACAGCCUACACAAAUACGCAGCUUCUGGAGCUAGAGAAAGAAUUUCAUUUCAAUAAAUAUCUUUGCCGACCUCGCCGAGUUGAAAUAGCAGCAUUGCUGGAUUUAACCGAACGACAGGUUAAAGUGUGGUUCCAGAAUCGGAGGAUGAAGCACAAGCGACAGACGACGCAUCAUAAGGAGGGCCAGGAAGGGGACUCUAGCGGGCUUGAACUCAUGGAAGGAGGUGAUGCAGCUUCUCCUUUUUCGAGCCAACUUUUGGACACGUCGGGCUCUACCCUCUCGGAAAACGAGACUUUGUCUUAUCCCAACAGCAGCGUCAAUAACCACCCCACCCCCUCGAAGACACAACCAACCAUCCAGAAGCGUACAUCAGCUCCGGACAAAACUGCGAUAUCGCCCCCGUAUCCAACGCCCACUGUAGAUAACCUUCCUACAAUAGACGAUGGCUGUGCAUCUGGCCCUGAUAAUUCGUUUUCAGAGUCACAGGAUGCCGACUCCCUCCCGGAUUUGAAUUUCUUUUCUACCGACUCCUGCCUACAGAUUUCUGACGCGUUGUCGCCUAGCCUACAAAGCUCGCUCGACAGUCCAGUAGAUUUUAGCGAAGAAGACUUUGAUCUGUUCACGAGCACCCUUUGUACUAUAGAUUUACAACAUUUGCAGUUCUAACAAAGUAAUUUACUUUAGUUGAAAUGUGCUCAGUGAUUAUUAUGGAGAUUAGGCUACAUCAUGGUAUGACUGGAAAAUUAACAAACGUUAUGUCGGGUUAUGAUCUAGAUAUGAACGGCUUAUAAUGUGAUAUGGGAACGAAUAUUUCCAUUUUCUGAAACAUGUAAGCAUUUCAUUGAAUUGUAAUUCCAUCGGGAUUGCACUGUGCAGAUGUCAGGUAUUUAGUUGGUUUGAAUUUGUCUUAUUUUAUUUGGAUUGAUUUAUGGACCACACAGGAGUGCGGCAGAAGAUCAGUGUAGCCUAAACUCAAUCGUUGAACUCUCAGGAAGAACAUUCAUACUAAAAGGGUGUUGUCCCUCUUUAUGAGUUUUAGAAAUAGUUUAUUUAUUGAAAUUCUUUAAUAGUAAAUUUCAAAAUAUUUAUUGUACAUUAUUUUCAUAGUUGAAAUAAAAGAAAACAUUUAUAUGCCGGAGUAUGUGUUUUGAGCUUGUUUUCCAAUUGCGCGACUGAUUGCCUACAAUUGCUUGUGUUUAUUUAGGCUACCUCACCAUUAA